AGCGAACGUAUCAUGAGUUUUGCAAACAAAGUGGUUGUAGUUACCGGCGCAAGUUCCGGCAUCGGUGCGGCCGCCGCAGUACAAUUUGCAAAAGAGGGUGCUAACGUAGUGUUAAUCGGCAGAAAUGAGAGCAAACUCAAAAAUGUCUCCGAGAAAUGUGCCAGCAGCGGUAAAACUCUCAUCAUCAAGGCUGAAGUAACCAACGAUGACGAUGCCAAGAGAAUCAUUAAUGAAACCAUCGACAAGUUUGGACAAAUAGACGUUUUGGUUAACAACGCUGGAAUGGGUGUUAAUGGGGGUAUAUUGAGCGGGAAUAUAUUGAAAGCGUAUGACCAGACAAUGGCAGUGAAUAUGCGCGCAGUAGUACAUCUAACAGCGUUAGCUGCACCACACCUUGUUAAAACUAAAGGUAAUAUUGUGAACAUAUCUAGUAUAGCAGGGAAGAUAGCAUCCGCGGGAGAUUUUACGCCGUAUGCUAUUUCUAAAGCUGCAUUGGACCAUUUCACUCGCGGUGCUGCUUUAGAGUUAGCGCCUUCUGGUGUGAGAGUGAAUGGCAUCAGCCCUGGACCAGUGCGAACGGAUUUUUUAGAGAAUGCAGGAAUAAACGUGAUAUCCUGGGAUAAUAUGGGUGCCCUCGUUCCACUCAAGAGGUGUUCCGAACCGGAUGAAAUUGCUGACAUUAUACUUUAUUUGGCAAGUGAUAGAGCAAAAGGAGUUACUGGAUCAGAUUUCGUUUCGGACAAUGGAGGUCUCUUAAGAUUUGAUAUUCCGUAA